CAUUUAGCAACUUGAUAGCAACCGUCUUUUUAAAGAAGCAUAAUCGAUUUAAAAGUUGAAGAGUGUGCUGUAACUGAUGUGUUUUAUGUCGUAGAACAAAAUGUGAAAGUAUAUUGAGUUGGUGUUAGCCACGGACCUUAUUUGAGCGAUUUUACUGAAACCCCAUUCAAAAACCCCAUUGACUUUGGGACGAGGGAACCGGAAGUGCUAAAAUGCUAACUCGCUUCCGGGUUUUUGCAUACAAAUUGACGUCAUAGUUCCUCCACUCUAUUCGGCAAGACACAAUGGAACGACCAGGUUUGAUCAAAGGAAAUGUAAACAUUUUGAAAAUUUUAGGUAAAGUAAAACUAUACGGAGCAGCUUCUUUGGAAGUAUUUGCAUCCUGGGAUAACUGUAAAGACAUACAAGAUCCACCAGAGCUUCACGUUGGAUUUAGAGGUGAACUUGCUGUAGUGAGAAUUCAAACUAUGUCCUCAACUGAUGAGGAUGAAGGUACGUCGCCAUUUAUACAAACCACGCGCCAAUUAACAGAUGAAGAGGAUCCUGACAAAAUGGAAGAGUCAGGAACAGCAACGAGGAGUAGAAGGGCAAUAACAAAAAAAAAUCACAAAUACAACGCAGACCAUUACAUUCUACCAGUACGCAAGAAGCCUAAUGUUAGAGUGGAAAGUGAUCCAAUCAGCUCAAGUCUUCAGCCUGCUGAACCGUUAACCAGUGAAACAGCAGUUUUACCUGCACGCAAAAGGGUUCAGUCAAAAAAUCCAUCAAGCUUAUCAGGUGUUCUACCAGUUUGUAAGAAGCCUAGAGUGGAAAGUGAUCCAACCUGCUCAGGUCUUCAGCCUUCUGAAUCAUUAACCAGUGAUAGAGCAGUUUUACCUGCACGCAAAAGGGUUCAGUCCAAAAAUCUAUCAAGCUCAUCAGGUGCUGCAGGUGUUCAACCUGCUGUACAGCCAACCAGGGAUACGGCAGGAGCACCCACUGCACAAUUAUCUCUUGAACAAGCCAAAAAAACAAUUGAAAUUCAAAAGGAGAAGAUACUUCAUUUGCAAGAGAAAGUUGACUUUCUGAUGGAUGACAGGAAUUAUCUCCGUUCAAGACUGGAGGAUGCCCUUAGACUGAGGUGUGAAACUGUUAAUUCACCUGCCCUGACGGCAUCAUCAUCCACUAUUGUUACAUCACAGAAGAAUCAGUCCACUGAUACAUCUUCAGAUUCAUCAGAAUCAACAGACUCAUCAGAUUCUGAACCUACAGCAAAGAAGAAGAAAAAGGGUAAAAAGUCAAAGAGGCAGAAGAAAUCCAAGACAAAAAUGAUCGAUAUCAAACGAGUAAGAACCCCUGAAGACUCCAUCAAUCGUUACAACAAAGUUUUGCAACUGGUUAGGGAUGGUUUAAGUAAAGCUGAAGCAUACAACAAAGUCAAGAUCGACAGGAACACAAUUGUAAAGCAAGCGCCCAUUGCUGAGUUGGCAACAGCAAACCCCACCGAAUUCAAGUCUUUAAGGGCAACCUUCAAGAAGGGUGAAAGCGUUCAAGAAUUUGCCAAUCUCUGUCUCACACGUUGUCUUGCUCAGUCUAAUAUGGAGAUAUUAAAGCAGUUAAAAGAGAGCAAUGCCCUGCUUGAUAUUUUUAAAAAGUGAGUUUUCAUCUGAAUUAUGCGAAAUGUGAACAAGACAGAUUUUGUUUUUCACAAUUCCCAAGGCUGUAUGUUUGCAUUGCUGCUGUGUUUAUUUAUUUUUUUGUUUGUUUAAUUGAAUUAUUUAGUUAAUGCAGUCUUUGAUUUAUAUAACAUUUUGAUUAAUGUUGAUCUGAACUUGAAAAUUUGAAAAAAAAGUUGUGAGAUUAAAAUGAUCUGAUCUAAUAAUUUAGUUGAUUUACCUGACUGUUGUAUUUAGCAAGAGUGCAAAUAAAAGCUCUUGGUGAAUGUUAA